AUGGAGGACUAUAUGCGGCAAGACAGAUACCAAGCCAUGGACGAAUCAUUUCAUUACGAAAAUACUAAACUAUGCACGGACUGCGGAAAACGAUUCGAGACUGGCGGUGGUCUUAGAAAACACACGUUGUCGAAGCACGAUGGAAAUAACAAUCUAAAACAUGUGUGCAGUGUCUGUAAGAAAACAUUUCUUGAGAAACACCAAUUACAAAGUCACAUGAUUCAGCAUGGGUCUGAAAAGUUUAAAUGUAUUAUGCCAAAUUGUGACAAGCAGUAUUCUUCAAAAACAGCUCUCAAGCGCCACGUUGUUCACUUCCAUGAGAAGAAAUCCUACUCGUGUUCCACAUGUAACAUUGCUUAUAGUGAUAAGCACGUGCUGAAGGACCACGUAGUCGCUGUGCACACACACGGCUGUUCGCACAGAUGCAGUAAUUGUGGAAAAGGGUUUAAAUGGAGGGCAAGUCUGUCGAGACACAUGAAGAAGAAACAUUUAACGUGA